AUGUCCGACUCUGUGGUCCCCGCGUUGAAGGUGUCGGUUCGCCAGGUCAGCUCAUCGCCGCCGAAGCUCGCGAUCGGAGUCACCAACACCCACUCGGGCCCCGUGACGGUGCUUACGUGGGAUUCACCGCUUGAUCCACUCGCACUGCAGCUGGGCCUUCUCUCUUUCACGCCGUCGGGAAGCGACAGCCCCGUGGAUAUCCCGACGAUUCAGGUCAGGCGAAUGAUGCCGCCCAAGGCAGAUUCUCUCGUGACCAUCGAGCCGGGACAGACGGAAGAGCGUCAGGUGGAGCUCAAGGAGCCCGUCGUACCUCUGAAGCAACUGGGCAGCAAUAUGAGUGCCGUCUGUAAGGGGCAGUGGACCAGCGUGUGGCCACUCAAGGCGGAUGAAGUCACAGUCGAAUCUCUGGGUUCAGUCGGUGCCAGUGAAGAUGCUUUCCAAGGUAGUUUCGAGAGCCCGGCGGUGGAUAUAGAGGUCUGA